AUGUCUGGCCGUGGUAAAGGUGGAAAAGCUAAGGGAAAGGCGAAGUUCCGUUCCAAUCGGGCUGGACUCCAAUUUCCCGUUGGUCGUAUUCAUAGACUUCUAAGGAAAGGAAAUUACGCGGAACGUGUUGGUGCAGGAGCACCAGUAUAUUUGGUUGCAGUUAUGGAAUAUCUAGCAGCUGAAGUAUUGGAAUUGGCUGGCAACGCUGCUCGUGACAACAAGAAGACCAGAAUCAUCCCUCGUCAUCUUCAACUAGCCAUACGUAACGACGAAGAACUGAAUAAAUUACUGUCUGGCGUUACUAUCGCUCAAGGUGGUGUAUUACCGAACAUUCAAGUAGUCCUAUUGCCAAAGAAAACCGACAAGAAGGCGUAA